AUGCAAUCACUUAAAAGAUGGAAGAGAUCAGAUGCUUAUGAGCAGUGUUCAACUGAACUAAAUGAUCGCCGUAAUGAUUUAAAUGAAUCGCUUGAUCAAGGUUUCGAUGAACAAAUCUCAUUAACAGCACCAGAUAGCAGCACAUGGAAAUCAACGGAUGGUAUCGAAGUUCGCAUUAAAGAGACUCGUAUAAAUUCACUUAGUGAAGUUGAACGGCAAGCACUGCAGACUCUAUCCAUACAAAGGCUUUCACAAUUGAUUCCAAAUGUUCAGAUUGGUAAAUCCAAAGAUCCUUUUUCGACACUACGGCAAAAACGACAGAAAUUUUUAAAAGCAAGAGGUGCAGCAUUUAAUACGAAUGACAAUCGACGCAAUUUUAAUUCUGCUACUGAAGAUGAACGCAAAAUUUUCGGGGUAUCAUUAAGCGUUACCGUUGAAAGCGAUCGCCGGCUGAAGGCAGAGGAACGGUGUCGCUCAUUAGACGAUGCAGAUGCUCGCUUGUUUGCUUUAUCAGGUCGUCACAGAAUUAAAGAUAAGUCGAAGCCAGCGAAGUCUGAGCCUGAAAUAUUAACAGCAAUCAAUGAAAAAGCAACUUACUUCGGUAGUUCAACGGCAGAUUUGAAAUGUUCAUUAAAUGAUCCAUCAAUUUUGUGCAAAAAUGCUGAAUUAUCCAUUCACCAAACAACUUCUCAAAUUCAUUAUGCAAAAAAGUUUCAACGGUCACCGAAUUGUGCGCAAACUCGCGAUAAAAUUCAUAAUAAUUUCAAUAUUUUCAAUCCUCAAACGAAAAAUGUGCCAAGGAUUGUGACUGUUUGCACCGAAUUUUUACGCAGACAUGGAUUGGAUGUUGUUGGUAUUUUUCGCAUUGCUGGUUCGGCUCGACGUUGCAAACAUUUGCGUAAAAUUCUCGAAGGUUCAAGCACUCCAAAUUUACCGCUUUUAGAAGGUUCAACACCACAUGAUGUAGCAACACUUUUGAAAGAAUAUUUUCGAGAUUUACCUGAACCAUUGUUACCGAAUGAUUAUUAUCAAGCAUUCAUUGCAGCUUCAAAACUUGAUGGCAGCGAACGAAUCGAGUGUAUUCGGUUAUUAAUCGGUUUAUUACCUGUAACGAACAUUGAUACGCUGUAUGUGCUUCUACAAUUUUUAAAUGACGUUUCCAAAUAUAGCGAAGAUCAUUUCGAUUCGAGGGGGAACUUGAUAUUUCGCGGCAAUAAAAUGGAUACUCGUAAUUUGGCAACAAUUUUCGCUCCAUCAAUAUUGCGUCCCGAUCAUUAUAAAUUGCACGUGUCGCUUGCAGAUAAUAAUGCGCAAAUUGCAAUUGUUGAGACUAUGAUCGAUUUUUUCGAUAGCAUUUUUUGGGUAUCAAGGGAACUUCGUAGUCAAAUUUUAUCAAAAUUGCGGGAAACCGAUCCGGAAAAACUCGACAAACUUUUGUAUCAGUUAUCAACGUUAAACCAGAGCAUUUUGAAAAACCAUUCACCACCAAACCGAACAACCUCAGUUAGAAAUCUUAUUCUUUUUAAUGAAUCGCUAAGGCCAUCAAGUGCCGUGGAUUUGUUUAGUAUUCAGCGAAAAGUGCAACCUGACGAUGAAGCAUUAAUUCGUUAUCAAACAUGGCCUAUUUUAACCAAUCAAGCAUUCAAAUUUCCGGAUAAAUUAGUUGAUUCGUUUCAAACGCAUCAGGAAAGAGAUAUUCGUCUUUACAAAUACUACAAAAAAAGUGUAAAACUGGGAAGUUUGCAAGAUAAAUCACCAACAAAUCUUGAAACUAUGGAAAAAAAUUCGGCCGACAUUGUUCGAAAUUUGCCAGAUGCACCAUCCAUAAGCUCGCGGAAUCGAACAUGGGGAGCACGAAACCGUUUACAAAGCGUUGUACGAGUUUUUUCAGCCGUUAAAUUGCGAUCAAGGAAAGGUGAAGAUUAG